UCGGCGACUGCGCGCGGCCUCGGUGAUGAGCAGAAGUUUUCUCAGCUCUUCUAAACAGCCCAAGAGCACAGAAUGCCCCACAAGGUUGGAUUUGUAGUGGUCAGCUCUUCUGGACAUGAAGAUGGCUUCAGUGCCCGGGAACUAAUGAUCCACGCACCGACUGUCAGUGGGUGGAGGUCACCAAGUGGUUUUCCUUUCAGAUUCUGCCAGUUUCCACAAGAAAUAGUUCUCCAGAUGGUGGAGAGGUGUCGGAUACGGAAGCUGCAGCUCCUCGCUCACCAGUACAUGAUUUCCAGUAAGAUCGAGUUCUACAUUAGCGAAAGUUUGCCAGAGUAUUUCAUGCCGUACCAAGCAGAGCGCUUCCGCAGACUGGGUUAUGUCUCUCUCUGUGACAACGAAAAGACAGGCUGCAAAGCCCGGGAACUCAAGUCUGUCUACGUGGACGCAGUGGGGCAGUUUCUUAAACUCAUUUUUCACCAAAACCAUGCCAACAAGUACAACAUAUAUAACCAGGUUUCUUUGGUUGCUAUAAAUAUCAUUGGAGACCCUGCAGAUUUCGGUGAUGAAAACAAUUUUACCUCUAGAGAGAAGCUGAUUGACCAUUACCUUGGGCACAGUCCCCACAAUCCCGAGGACCCAGCCCUAGAAGGAACUUACGCUGGGAGAUCUGACUAUAUCUCUCCACUUGAUGACUUGGCAUUCGACAUGUACCAAGACCCUGAAGUAGCCCAGAUCAUCCGCAGGCUGGAUGAAAAAAAGCGGGAAGCUGUCCAGAAGGAGCGCUACGACCACGCCAAGAAGCUGAAGCAGGCCAUCGCGGACUUGCAGAAGGUCGGCGAGCGCCUAGGGCGCUACGAGGUGGAGAAGCGUUGUGCAGUGGAAAAGGAAGACUAUGACCUGGCCAAGGAGAAGAAGCAGCAGAUGGCACGCUACCGUGCCCAGGUGUAUGAGCAGCUGGAACUGCACGGCCUCCUGCAGGGCGAGCUGGAGUUGCGGAGGCCUUUUGCUCUGCCCCCCCAGCCCCUCGCACAUCCCAGCAGUCCUCACCACUGGAAGCCAGUGCCCUCACUCCCUCGACCAGAGGAGAUGGGAGCAGAAGACACAUUUGUGGACUCUGUCCUCCAAGAAAAGCCCUCGGCGCGUACCUUGACAUCAUCUCCUCGGCACUCAGCUGUGGACCAGUCCCUGCCUGCCGCAGGCCCUGCACCAAGGAGCCACGCGGAGGCCCUGCCCUACGAUGAACGGCCCCUUCCUGCUACUCGAAAGCAGCCGGGAGAAGCACCUGUGGAGCCAGACGUGAAGGAGGCAGACAACGGUGACGCUCAGAGAGGAGGCAUCUCGGGAGAGCCUGAGCCCUUGACCGAGAAGGCCUUGAGGGAAGCCAGCUCUGCCGUCGACGCCCUAGGAGAAACCUUGGUGGCCGGGGCAUAUUCCAAGAUGUGGUCCUGCCGAGAAGACGCGCUUCUGGCUUUGUAUAAGAAGCUGAUGGAGAUGCCUGUUGGAACCCCGAAGGAGGAUUUAAAAAACAUGCUGAGAGCAUCUGUCUUCCUCAUUAGAAGAGCCAUAAAGGACAUCGUGACCUCAGUCUUCCUGGCAUCCUUGAAGUUGCUGAAAAUGAUAAUCACCCAGUUUGUUCCCAAGCACAAGCUGAGUAAAGUGGAAACAACGCACUGUGUGGAGAGGGCUGUUCCCCUUCUACUUGCCAGAACCGGAGACUCUUCUGCCCGCCUCCGAGUCAUGGCUGUGAACUUUAUUCAGGAGAUGGCCUUAUUUAAGGAAGUGAAGUCUCUCCAGCUCAUCCCGUCUUACCUCGUUCAACCGCUUAAGGCCAAUGCUUCUGUUCAUCUGGCCAUGAGCCAGGUGGACCUCCUGGCCCGGCUGCUGAGAGACCUGGGCACUGAGAGCUCGGGCUUCACUGUGGACAAUGUGAUGAAGUUCGCAGUGAGCGCCUUGGAGCACAGAGUAUAUGAGGUCCGGGAGACGGCAGUCAGAGUCAUCCUGGACAUGUACAGACAGCAUCCAGCCCUCACCCUGGAGCACCUUCCUCCAGAUGACAGCAGCACACGGAGAAACCUUCUCUACAAAGCCAUUUUCGAGGGAUUUGCUAAAAUAGAUGGCAGGCCAACAGAUGCUGAAAUCCAGGCACAGAAAAGAGCGGUCAGAAAAGAAGCAGAAAAGCAAAAGAAAGAGGAGAUCAAAGCUUUGCAAGGGCAGCUGGCGGCGCUGAAGGAGAUGCAGGCUGCAGUCCAGGAAGAGGAAAGCGAUGCUGUGAAGCCCAGGAAUGAAGACCCUCAAGGAAGGAAAGCAACCCCACCCGAUGUUCCAGAAAUUCCAGAUAACCAUUAUUUGGAUAAUCUCUGCAUUUUCUGUGGGGAGAGGAGCGAGUCUUUCACAGAAGAGGGCCUGGAUCUCCACUACUGGAAGCACUGCCUCAUGCUGAUGAGAUGUGACCACUGCAGGCAGGUGGUUGAGAUAUCCAGCCUGACGGAGCACCUGCUGACAGAGUGCGACAAGAGAGAUGGGUUCGGGAAGUGCCACCGCUGCAGCGAGGCUGUCCCCAAAGAAGAGCUGCCCAGACACAUCAGAGCCAAGGAGUGCAGCCCUGCCAAAUCGGAGAAGCUGGCAAACCGAUGUCCUUUGUGCCAUGAGAAUUUCACUCCUGGAGAAGAGGCAUGGAAGGCCCAUCUGAUGGGUCCCAGUGGCUGCACCAUGAACCUGCGCAAGACACACAUUCUGUACAAGGUCGCAGCACCGCAGCAAGGUAAAGGGCCGCCAGCAAGCAAAUCAGGUAGCUCAGGACCCAAAACAGGAAGCAAGAUCCCCACCCCAAAGGGGGGCCUGAGUAAGAGUUCCAGCAGGACACACACGAGACGGUGACAGACAGACGCGUUCCUCCUCCAUCCCCCCCAUUCCCACCCAUGUAGACACAGUGAUGCAGUGCUCUGUCCUGCUGUGCCUCAGCUCGUGGCCUCGUGUCAUGCUGUCCGCUAUCAAGUGAACAGGGUGUGUGGGUCUGACCCAGAGCUAGCACCACAGCCCCGGCUUCCUCAGAGCACAGGCACAACAGUCAGUGUCCUCACCACAGAAAAUUCACCCUGACGCAUUUCUGUCCAUUGCACAUGGGAGACUGCACAGAGCUCGGCGUGGCUGUGGUGGCUGGAGGACAACGCUGAGCCUGCUGUGCCUUCUCUCCCAUGAGCCUGUCUGCCAGGCCAGACCACCAUGCUCUGUACUUAUUAGCAAAAGAAUAAAGGAAAGCAGAACUAAAGACCUGAGAGCCAGCCAUGCUGAGAACCAGCACAGUCCUUGCUCGGUACUCCUUGAGCACACCUGUCCGUGACCCACAGGUGGGGCUACCUGGAUGCCUUCCCUCAGUUUUGAAGGGGUUCUGGAUGACUCCCUGCUUACACUGCUCACUGGAUGCAGCCCACCUACAAGUCUUGGUUUUGUUUCUGGCACAAACAAGCAUCUUCCACCUCCAUCUAACCCACACAGACAAGUCCCACAGGCCCCGGGGACCCCGGGCCUCUUGUGUCAGGCCUGUCCUGUCCUGUGUGCAGCAGGGUCCACUUUCCUAAGCCAUUUAUAGCACGUCAGAACAGUGUGUCAAGUGGUGGCACAGGCCUCAGGAGACCGCUGACCACACACUUGUCCAGGCAGGAGGCCGUACCUCCCUCCCAGGAGCUCCAGUUAGACAUGUCCACACAGCUGUGGGAAGGACAUCCAUAUGAAAGCCCCCCUGGAAACACAGCAUGUCCUCCUCCCUCCUGUCACUCCUGACUCCACCCUGGGCUGAAGGAUGAGGUCUCCGGGACCUGCACUGUGCUCACUUGCUGAGGCUACACAGGAAAGGCUUUUCUUAUACCACUCUGCAAGGUUUGGGAUUGAGGAGAUGAGUUUGAAAUUAGGGCAUAAUUAUUUUUAAUUCCCAGCCCUAGGAAACAGAAUCUAUAAAAUCUAAUUGGUACUUGAGCAGGAAACACCCUGGAUUACUGUAAAUUCACCUGUUUUUUGCACAUACCUCCUGGUGUGCUGGGCUCAGACCUAGUGAGGGAAUACUCCAUCUGAAACCUUGAGUGUGGGGAGAGAAUAUGAAACUUUAGCAAGCAAAGCUCAGGUACCAAAGGGUGACGGGACAGCCCUUCACACCUUAAAAAAUGCUGGCCAGGCCAUCCACAAACUUUAACCUUUAAGGUACAGACGAAGGAACUCUUCAAAACAGUAACGAAAAGCUAACCAAGAACAUUUUGAUCAAAACUUUCACACUGAUGAUUUCUCUCUGUUGUAACCUGAAGAUCUUUGUGAAAACCCCUCAUUGUACCCUGGGAUGGUGGCUCACUCCUGGGCUCCCAGCACUUGGGAGGCUGAGGCAGGAGGCUCACCAAGUGUUCAAGGUCAGCCUGGGCUACAGAGGGAGCCUGUGGCUAAAAAAAACACGUAAAAAGAAUCCUUCAUUUUUAGUUCCCAUCUUUUGCCUGUUACAGAAUCAUGAGCAUCUGCUGAGAUGACGGUGAUUGGCAGCCGGUGAAUGCCACACCUCUGUGCUUGAUUCAGGGACCAAGAAAAAAGGACGGAACCUUUCACAGGCGCUAAGAGCCCGUGCCACUCAGAAGUAAAUAACUAAACUUGGAACACUAUAGCAACCUUCACUUACAAAUAUGUUUGUGGAUAUUUAAUAUUUAUUUAUAUUAUUUUCAUAAAAGAUUCUAUUAAAUCUAAUUUAAAACAAUUGUAUCAAAUUUGACACUAGAAUACAAAUGUAAGUACCUUUAAUGAAAAUUUGCAACUUUUUAAUGUUUUAACAUAGUUUUGUAUUUGUCUUUAUUUCAGGUACCGAAUUAUAAAGUAUAUUUUUAUUGUUGUUAGGGCUUACAUGCUAAUUUGCCCUGAGUAUAUUAAUCCAAUAAAAGGAUUACUUGGCAUCUUGUCACUCAAUUUCAAGGUCUUAUAUAAUACAUACAUACAUAAACAUACGUAUUUUUUUUAGAUAGGGUUUCACUGUGCAGCCCUGGCUGGCCUGGAACCCUCUCUGUAGACCAUACUGGCCUCACACUUUCAGAGACCCACCUGCUUCUGCCUCCUGAGUGUGGGAUUAAAGGUGUGUGAACAAAUGAAGGGUUCAGUGGGUAGACUGCUAGCCUACAAUAAGGGAAGUCCAGGGUUGAUCCCCAGUAUCUCAGAAAACGGGCCGUGGUGCUAUGUACCUGCACUCCCAGCAUUUGAGAAGUGCAGGCAGCAGGAUCAGAAGUUGAAGAUCAUCUUUUGGCUACACACAUAACAAAUUUGAGACCAGCCUGGGCUACAUGAAAGCCUA